UCCUUGAUCGAAAUUCUUUCUUCAACAAAAACGUGUAACUAAACACAAUUUCAGUGGUCACUACAAAUACAAACCGAAGAACAUUUCAGUGAUCUUCCGAAGGGCGAAAGAGAAACGCAUUCGGAGUGUGCGUGAAGAUCAAACCAUGGACGACGAACUGCUCGAGCUGCAGCGACAAUUCGAGUUCGCGCAGCAAGCCAAGUCGAGCAUUCGAUUAUCAGAGCGAAACGUCCGUCGAAUUGGUCCAAAAACUGCAGCAACUCCAAAUCAUUGAUUUCGAACUUCUCCACACUGUCUCCGGCAAAGAGUACAUCACUCUCGAUCAACUGAGGAAUGAUAUGGUGGCUGAGGUGAAGAGAUUAGGGCGCGUUUCUUUGAUCGAUCUCGCUGACUCUACUGGAGUUGACUUGUACUACGUGGAGAAGCAGGCGCAGAGCGUUGUAACAGCACACCGAGAACUCAUGUUGACUCAGGGAGAAAUCAUGUCUAGCUCUUAUUGGGACUCAGUCGCGGAAGAGAUUAACGAGAGGCUUCAGGAGUGUAGUCAGAUUGCGCUGACGGAGAUCGCGGCGCAAUUGAACGUCGGUUUGGACUUGGUUGCCUCCGUGUUGGACCCGCGCCUUGGAAGAAUUGUGAAAGGAAGGCUUGAAGGUGGCCAACUGUAUACUCCUGCCUACGUGGCUCGUGUUGGUGCCAUGGUUCGAGGCGCUGUGCGGGGUACCACUGUUCCAACCAAUUUGACUGUGGUAUGGAGUUCGUUGCAGCAGUUGCUGCAAGAAAUUGACGGAACCAGCGGUUUGGCUGUUGAAGGAUCUUUCUUCCAGUCAUUGUUUAACGGACUGGUGAAGGAAGGGGAGGUUCUAGGGUCACUUCGUGCAGGAGUACAUUGGACACCGGCUGUAUUUGCUGUUGCACAAAGGGAGUUUGUGGAGUCAUUUUUUUCUCAGAAUUCUUUCAUAACCUAUGAGGCGCUGCACAAACUUGGAAUUCCCCAGGUGUCCAACCAAAGCUACCCUCAAAUCUCAAUGCUUUCUAUCAAGCCCAACACAACCAGUGCAGUGAUUCUGGAGUCUUGCAGGAGGGUAGAAAGUUUCUGA